UCGCCUACUUUUUAGGCAUGGCAGUGACCAAGUGUAGGAGGCAAUGUUUAGUACUUUAAAAAUUCAUUGCUUUUUCCGGAUCAGAGACCUAUGGAUCGUUUACCAUCGCAUACUCUGGUGGUCCCCGCGCUCGUGGUGAUAAGGUGGAUUUUUCAUUUUCGGGUUGCGUUUGGCAGCAAUGAAAUAUUUAGGUUUCAAUUGGUAUACCCUUGCACGAUCGGGGUUUGGGGUGUCCUCGCGGUCGCAUUCGUAAAGCUAGAGUUCGACUGGAGGUUUGAAGGAUGGAUGGUGGACUUGACAGAACGCUGCUGGUAUGAUAUCAUACCUGAGGAAAGUAUCGUAGCUGCCCUUGAUCAAUUGGAUGAUUCGAAAACCGGCGAUUGUGGAGUGGUAAAGAAAGUUGCGAUUAUGGGGCACAGUACUAGGUGGGGGGAGAUUGUUCGUGGAUCCGAUAUCGUGCUGCCCAAGGCUGCUAAAAUUGUAAAAUAUCGAUGAUGCUCCAGCGGAGCGUCCUUCGAGCUGUAAAAACAAGCUGGAAAGAUUUGUCGGGUUCGUUGGGUAACCCGGGCUGAGCCCGCCCGAACCCGACCCAACCAACAGAGAACCCGGGUUAGUCUGACCGGACUAUUGGAAGGCUUGAUGAGCAGCCCGAGACACGCGAGGCCGCUAAGUAAGCGCGGGAUUAGACAAGGUUUCGAGCGUAGCCUCUAUUUCACACUCCUACUACUCCGCUCUCUCCAUACGUGUAGUGUCUUCUGGCCCCAAAAGCAUCGUUGUAAUUUCAGGCAUCCUUCCAAGCGCUAUUCCGUGUAAGGGAGCGUUGCCGGCGGAGUUGGGCAGGUUGACAUCAACAGUCUCAUGCUCCGGAGAGCUCUAACAGUAGAAACCG